GAAGACAAAGCGGCGACAGUCGCUGUCGCUUUCAAAUCUCGAGACCCCCCCUUCCCGCUUUCACAGCCUCUUCUUCGCUAUCUCCUCUGCUCUUUCUCUAUUCAAUUCACAAAUUGUUUAAUUUCUCACAGCAUUCCCGACACUAUAUGUUUUCUGAAAUCAAUUUGCUUUACUGCACCCACUCACAGUUGUGGUAUAUUUAUUGUCUUCCUUCGAGCUUCGCGACCCUCUGAAGAUUCCAUAAGAAGCUUUCGCGGCAGAAAAAACCGAAUCGGAAAAGAGUGACUUCUCCUUCACUCAAAUUCUCAUCCGUUUCCUUCUGAUUCUACUGUCGGAAAAUCUGCUCAACUUUACUGACUGACAUUCUAUGGAGCGUGCCGCGGCCGUUGUGGGGGUUCUGUUGGUCUUCUUUUGGUUGCGUGUUAUUAGGGCUUCUGACAGCCUUCUCUCGCCCAAGGGAGUAAACUAUGAAGUGGCUGCUUUAAUGUCCGUGAAGAGAGAGCUAAGAGAUGAAUUUCAUGUAAUGGAUGGGUGGGAUAUCAAUUCUGUUGAUCCUUGCACCUGGAACAUGGUGGGAUGCUCCUUUGAGGGUUUCGUCAUUUCUCUUGAAAUGGCUAGUAAGAGUUUGUCUGGUAUGCUUUCGCGGAGUAUUGGGAAUUUGAGUCACUUGCAAACAAUGUUAUUGCAGAACAAUCAACUAUAUGGUCCUAUCCCUAUUGAAAUUGGGAAGCUUUCAGAGCUUCAAACUCUUGACCUGUCAGGGAACCAAUUUGUUGGUGAAAUUCCUAGCUCUUUGGGUUUUCUGACUCAUCUAAGUUACUUGCGGCUCAGUAACAACAAGUUAUCUGGACAGAUCCCAAGCCUUGUUGCAAAUCUCACUGGUCUUUCAUUCUUGGACUUGUCAUACAAUAAUCUGAGUGGUCCAACACCAAAAAUUCUAGCAAAAGAAUAUAGUGUUACAGGGAACAACUUUUUGUGCACAUUCUCAUCUACACCAGUCUGCAUGGGUGCUUUAAAACCAUCAGAUGAUACGGGUUCAUCUCAAAAAGUCAGCAGUCAUCAUGAAUGGAUUAUUUCUGUUGUCAUAGGCAUCAGCUGCACAUUUGUGUUUUCUGUGGUGCUGCUUGUGUGUUGGGUGCGUUGGUACAGAUCUCGUCUUCUCUUUACAUCAUAUGUGCAGCAAGAUUAUGAAUUUGAUAUUGGCCAUUUGAAGAGGUUUUCAUUUCGUGAAUUGCAAAUUGCUACAAGCAAUUUUAGUCCCAAAAAUAUCUUAGGGCAAGGUGGAUAUGGAGUUGUUUACAAAGGAUGUCUCCCAAAUAGGGUAAUGGUGGCAGUGAAAAGGCUGAGAGAUCCAAGUUUUACUGGAGAAGUACAGUUUCAAACUGAAGUUGAGAUGAUUGGCUUGGCUCUGCACCGAAACCUAUUGCAAUUAUAUGGGUUCUGUAUGACUUCUAAUGAAAGGUUGCUUGUGUAUCCCUAUAUGCCAAAUGGGAGUGUUGCUGAUCGCUUGAGAGACAUUGGUCGAGAAAAGCCAUCUUUGGAUUGGAGCAAACGCACUCGUAUUGCCUUGGGGACUGCUCGUGGACUUCUGUACUUACAUGAGCAGUGUAAUCCGAAAAUAAUUCACCGAGAUGUUAAAGCAGCAAACAUUUUGCUUGAUGAAAGUUUUGAAGCUGUGGUUGGGGAUUUUGGCCUUGCUAAAUUGCUAGAUCGGAGGGAUUCACAUGUCACCACUGCGGUGCGGGGUACCAUUGGACAUAUUGCUCCUGAGUACCUGUCAACUGGACAGUCCUCGGAGAAAACUGAUGUGUUUGGAUUUGGUAUACUACUUUUGGAACUCAUAACAGGGCAAAAGGCCCUAGAUGCUGGUAAUGGUCAGGUUCAGAAGGGAAUGAUUCUUGACUGGGUUAAAACCUUGCAUGGGGAGAAGAGACUGGAAGUCCUAGUGGACAGAGAUCUGAGGGGAUGUUAUGAUGCAGUAGAACUGGAAAAGGCUGUGGACUUGGCCUUGCAGUGUACUCGGUCACAUCCCAGCCUCCGUCCAAAGAUGUCAGAAGUCUUGAAAGUUUUGGAAGGUAUUGUUGGCCGGCCAGUUCAUAUGGAGGAAUCACACAAUGAAAUUAACCUUUUUGAAGAAAGGGCUGGUAGUUUCUCCCGAAACUAUAGUGAUGUCCGUGAAGAAUCUUCAUUUAUCAUCGAAGCAAUAGAACUAUCUGGCCCUCGGUGAUGAUAAGUAAAACAUGCAUUGUCCUGCAUAUGAUCAUGAUCACAUGGGUAAUGCGUUUUCCCUUGAGGUUAUUUUUGUGGGUCUGGUAAGUUUUUGUCGUUCAUAAUGAUGAACAAGAUCUGUUAAUCUUCCAAAUUUUGCAGUUGGCUUCUUGAGUUCUGCAUAUUCUAUCAAAAUUGUAACACAGAAAAGGAAAUGGAAAAUAGUUUGGUGAUUGAAAUUGGUGUAUUUGUAGAAGGAUGGAAGUCGACUGGUUAUUGGAACACAAAGUUCAGAUUGUUGCAAUUGUACAAAUAUAUUUAUAGGGUAUUUGAUCA